GAUAUCAGAAGCAUCUCUAAUUUCUUCAACUACUUAUAAAGAAAACUCUAUGGAAAUGAAAAAUCUAGAAUUCGAAGAAAAAAAUAUUAAUGAAGAUAUUGUAAGUGGUAUAGAAGAUAAUAUAUUACUGCAAAAUGAACUACAUUAUUUUUUUCAAAAUUUAUCAAAUAAAAUAGAUCUAAAUAUUGAUCAAAAAAUCAUAGAAGAUAUAUCGGAUGAAGAAUUAUCAGUAGAAGAAUCAUUAGUAAACCUCAAAAGUAAUGACUUUGAUCUUGAAAACCUUCAAGAAAUAACGUUAGACAAUGCUUUAAAUUCUAUUGAAGGAAUAAAUAACCCAGAAAAUAUAGUAGAAUGGCCUAAUAAUGCCUAUUGA